AUGAAGGUGUUUGCCACUCUCGCAGCUCUGCUGCCUCUUGUGGCUGCCAAGGUCACGUAUGAAGGAUAUAAGGUGUUUCGCGUGGAGAGCCAUGACUCAUACCCGGCUAUUGAAACCGCUUUGGCAGACCUUGGCUCCAUCACUCUCCAUGUUGAUGGGGCGUACAGCGCAGUCAAUGUCGCUAUUGCUCCCGAGAAGCUUGAGGACUUCCAUGCUCUCGGGCUUGACGCUACAUUGAUCGAGGAAGAUCUUGCUUCAACAUUUGAGGAGGAGAAGUUCGAGGUUUACGAGUCUACGCUCAAGACUAAGGACACUAUUGCUGCCAUCCCUCCCAUUUCGUAUUUCAAUGCGUAUCACACUUUUGCCGAGCACGGAACAUUCCUGUCAGAUCUUCAAGCAGCGUUCCCAAGCAACUCAGAAAUCUUCACAGUUGGUAACUCGUUCGAAGGCCGCGCCAUCCGCGGCAUCCACCUCUGGGGAAGUGGAGGCAAGGGCUCCAAGCCCGCCAUCGUGUGGCACGGCACAGUCCAUGCCCGUGAAUGGAUUACUACCACGACUGUUGAGUAUCUUGCAUACAAGAUUGUCGAGGAGUAUCUGGCCUCGGAUGCCACCACUGUUACCGCAUUGAACAACUAUGACUUCUACAUUCUUCCUGUUGUUAACCCUGAUGGUUUUGUUUAUACCCAAACCACUGAAAGACUUUGGCGCAAGAACAGACAAACUCGAUCUGGAGUGUCCUGUGUCGGCACGGAUAUCAACCGAAACUGGCCUUACCAAUGGACUGGCUCCGGUUCUUCAACCAACGCCUGCGCUGAAACCUACCGCGGUCUCGCACAAGGCGACACACCCGAGAACAAGGCUCUUGUCGCUCAUUUGUCAGGCCUGUCAUCCGGCAAGGGCAUCAAGUUCUAUAACGACUGGCACUCUUACAGCCAGCUGAUCCUUCUGCCAUUCGGAUACAGCUGCUCCGCUCGCGCUACAAACCACGCAACACAAAUGUCCGCUGCCGGCAGUGUCGCGACCGCCAUCCGCGGCGUGAACGGCCUCAGCUUUACCUAUGGCCCUACCUGUUCCACGAUUUACCAGGCCAACGGUGGUAGCUUGGACUGGGCCUACGCAGUUGCCGGUGCCGAGUACUCGUGGUGCAUCGAGCUGCGCCCUAGCUCGUCUGCCAGCAAUGGUUUCGUUCUCGCUGCUUCUCACAUUGUACCUUCUGGUGCAGAGCAAUGGGCGGGCAUGAAGAAGUUCUUCACCCUCAUCUAA